AAGUAUCCCCGUGCUCGCUUGUUCUCGAACCAAGCCCUUCUCGCCACUACUACUGCCUCCCCUCGUGAGCCCCUACCGCGUGCCGCCGCGAGCUCCUGCUUAGUUAUAUCGCCGUCCGCCGCGCGCAUUGCGGGGGAUCUGCUCUGCUCCAUUUCUCGCUCUGCCACAGCACCGUCGUCCUACACGCGCGCCAUCUCUCCCUCCCCGCCUCUGCUCGCCAUUCCCCGUGCCUCUGGAUCUGGCUGCUCGCCGUCGGCCGCUGCUAGAGCUUGGUCGGUGGAUGGGAGCUGCGGCCUGACAGGCGGCGCACGUCCCGGCCCUCAAAGCUCUGGAGGCCGACAAGCGGAGAGGCCAGAUGGCGGAUGGCGGCGCGGGCCCCGCCGCGCAGCUCGGCGGGGGCGGCAGCAACGGCGGGACCACCCCGUCCGCCGCUGCCACGCCGCUGCUCGGCUCCAGCUACAACUUCGCGCCGCCUACUCCGUCAACUUUGUCCAUGCCAAUACCUCCGGAGCUUGCUGGAGCAAUCCCGCUGAUCGAUAGGUUCCAGGUGGAGGGAUUUCUUAAAGCAAUGCAAAAACAGAUCCAAUCAUCCGGAAAGCGUGGGUUCUUUAUUAAAAAAUCUGUGGGUCCGCAAGUUCGUGAGAAGUUCACUUUGGAAGAUAUGUUGUGCUUCCAAAAGGAUCCUAUUCCAACUUCAUUACUGAAAGUAACUAACGACCUUGUAAGCCACUCAAUUAAAUUAUUCCAUGUCAUAUUAAAGUACAUGGGCAUCGAUUCACCUUCAAUAAUAAGUUUGGAAGAAAGAAUUGAACUAGUUGCAAAGCUUUAUAAGCAUACUUUGAAGCGUUCUGAACUUCGAGAUGAGCUCUUUGCCCAGCUUUCAAAACAAACACGUAACAAUCCCGGUCGGAGCUGGUUGAUAAGAGCUUGGGAGCUAAUGUAUUUAUGCGCAUCUUCCAUGCCACCAAGCAAAGAUAUUGGGGCAUACUUGUCUGAGUAUGUUCACUAUAUUGCUCAUGGAGCCACAACUGAUUCUGAUGUUCGAGUUCUAGCAUUGAACACACUGAAUGUGUUAAAACGUUCGGUUAAGGCAGGCCCACGGGUUACAAUUCCUGCACGAGAAGAGAUUGAAACACUUUUAACCAGCCGGAAGCUUACAACAAUUGUAUUUUUCUUGGAUGAAACAUUUGAAGAGAUUAAAUACGACAUGGCAACAACUGUUGCUGAUGCUGUUGAGGAACUUGCUGGCAUUAUCAAACUCUCAGUAUAUUCUAGUUUCAGUCUUUUUGAGUGUCGAAAGAUUGUUAAUGGAUCAAAAUCUUCAGAAGUUGGCAACGAGGAAUACAUCGGAUUAGACGAUAACAAAUACAUUGGUGACUUGCUAUCUGAAUUCAAGUCAGCUAAGGAUCGCAACAAAGGAGAAAUUUUGCACUGCAAGCUUGUAUUUAAGAAACGCCUCUUUCGCGAGUCUGAUGAGGCUGUGACUGAUCCGAUGUUCGUUCAGCUAUCAUAUGUCCAGUUACAACAUGAUUAUAUUUUGGGGAACUACCCAGUAGGCAGGGAUGAUGCUGCACAACUCACUGCUCUGCAAAUAUGGGUCGAGAUUGGAUUCAUUGAAAAUCCUGAGUCCUGUGUCGAAUGGAUAUCUCUUCUAGAGAGGUUUCUACCUAGACAAGUUGCAAUUACUAGAGCAAAGCGAGACUGGGAGCUUGACAUCAUCUCACGCUAUCAGUUAAUGGAACACUUGUCAAAAGAUGAUGCAAGGAACCAAUUUCUCAGAAUCUUAAGGACUCUUCUAUAUGGCAAUUCAGUUUUCUUCAGCGUUCGGAAAAUUGAUGAUCCAAUAGGACUUUUACCUGGAAGAAUCAUUUUGGGAAUAAACAAGCGCGGGGUUCACUUCUUUCGUCCGGUUCCUAAGGAAUACCUACAUUCUGCAGAGCUGAGAGACAUAAAGCAAUUUGGGAGCAGCAAUACUGCUGUUUUCUUUAAGAUGAGAGUUGCUGUUUUCUUUAAGAUGAGAGUUGCUCCUGUUCUUCAUAUCUUUCAGUUUGAAACUAAGCAGGGUGAAGAAAUAUGUGUAGCACUUCAAACACAUAUAAAGGAUGUGAUGCUCCCUAGAUAUUCAAAAGCGCGCUCUGGCUCUGCUACUAUCAUGGUUUCUCAAAAUGAUGUUUCUCAAGCAGACAAGCCAGGAAAUGUUGAAAUGUAUGACAAACGUGUCCAAGAAUUGUCAAGAGAAAUUGAUGAGUCUCAAAAGAAAGCAGACCAGUUGCGGGAAGAGUUACAAAGAAAGACAAAACAAGAAAGAGAGAUGCAAGAAGAAUUGGAAGGGCUAAGAGAUGCCUUACAAUCUGAACGUCAUAUCAUUCAAGAAGUAUCAAGUGAGCGGGAUAAGCUAAAAUCUCUAUGUGAUGAAAAGGAUUCGUCUUUGCAGGUUGCGUUGGUGGGGAAAAGUAGGCUGGAGAGCAGAUUAACAAGUGGGCAUGGCCAAGAAAACAACUCUAAAUUAGAAGUAAUUGGAAACCAUUCUGAAAGAGAUACUCUGACAACCGUAGGCAGUGUCAACAACAGCAUUGAGAUGGUUGAACGGGAAGGAGAGAAAAAACGCUUGCUUCAUGAAACAGGUUACAGCUCUGGGACAUGUGCUAUGCCAGAUGAGAAGAAGCAUAGAGUUGAAUAGGUCUCUCAGUUUGAUCGGAGAGUUGAAGAUGAAUCUCAGUUUGAUAAUAACCAUGAAGAUGAUUAUCAGACAGCUACACCUGAGGUUUCGGGCCAUGCGAUUUAUCAGCAGAAGAGAUAGAUGCACCUUGAUGCUACCGAUUGUAUAACUUCUUUAGGUUCUGAUGCACCCGUGGAUGGUACUGAUGAUGAGCCUUUCAUAGAUGAAGAUGAUGCACCUGAGAUUAUCCAGCCUACAGAAGGAGGCCAUGUACCGAGUACACAACUUUGCGUUGAAGUGGAUGCACGUUCGAAGGUCAUCAGGGGCGUUCGGAUAGUCUCAAGACCACCUAGCCCUGAUUCAAAAUAUUGAGCUACUUUAUGAUUCGUACUCUUAUGUUCUGCUGGUGUAGUAUGUACUAUCUAUGUUAUGAUUUGUACGCCUUUAGCGCUAUACUACAAAGCGUGCAAAAGUGCCUGAAACUGCUGAAACUAUUUGUGAUAAAAGUGCUGAAAUUUUUCAAAGUGUUGGGGACAAUGAUCCCAUUGCUAUAGAUCAUAAUGAUUUUGAUUUUGAUAAUUGUCAUAUUUCUGAA